GGGUGGAUGGAUGGGCGUGUCUCAUGGCAACAUAUGACGUCACGGCCUCGCCCAUCAAAAUUAAUGACGUCACAAAAAUAAUGGGGAAAAUAUCUCUGUUCAGAAAAAUCAACAUUCUUUCAUUUUUAAGGAGGCUAAAUUCUACUGUUGAUAGUACAGAAACUGAGAAGUUCUCUCUGUCUCUGAAAGAAUGGUGGGAUGACAGGAAAGGCCCAGCGGCUGCCCUUCAUUCAAUGAAUACCGUCCGUGUUCCUCUGAUAAAAGAGGCAUUAAUUGGAACUAGGGACGAAGCCGGGGAACUGGGACCACACCCACUAAAAGGAUUCAGCAUACUGGAUGUUGGUUGUGGGGGAGGGAUUUUGUGUGAAUCGUUAGGAGAACUAGGCUCUGAUGUAUUGGGUAUUGAUCCUAAUCCGGUUGCGAUUAAUGUGGCCACGACUCAUUUAAUGCUAACGAAAAACUCGAGUGACAUCAAAGAUCGCGUCAAGUAUCAAUCAUGCUCACUUGAAGAUCUGAUCAAGGCUGAUUCUGAGCCCAUCGAUACUGAUUCUUCCAGUGAAGAUUUCGAUUGCGUUGUUGCAUCAGAAGUACUGGAACACGUUGCUGAUGUGGACAUGUUUGUUCAUCAACUAAGUCAAAUGGCUAAGCCUGGUGGCUCGGUCGUAUUCUCGACUAUAAAUCGUACUAUUCCCUCUCUAUUUUUAGCCAAAAUGGCUGCCGAGUAUAUCUUUAACAUUCUACCUCGUGGAACUCACGACUGGAACAAGUUUGUGACUCCAGAGGAGCUGGAUGAGAUAGUGAAGAGACACAGCAUGAGUACAGUGUCCGUGAUAGGACUAGGAUAUAAUCCACUGACUAAUGUAUGGAACUAUCAAUCAGAUACUAACAUGAACUACUUCCUUCAUGCUAUCAAGCAAUAAUCAAUAAUCAUGACAUAAUCAUUCUGAUAAUUAUUAUUGUAGAUAAUUAAAGCUACAUGUAGUGACAAUUGGUGCUACAGUUUUGGGACAAUUGACACCUUAAAAGCUAUGCCUAUGCAUUAGUGCUAUUCUAAACUAUGCAAAAAA